ACAAAUGUCAACUGUCAGGCUGUACUGUCAAUCGUACUUCGGUAUUGGUAGCUCAUUGUUUUUCAUUUCGAUUAAAUAAAUAAUUCAGUUUGUAAAUAUUUUACAACUUUAAUUUGCAAAAGAAAAUGGUUGACGACCUAAGGAAAUAUUUGAACCAUCUAUUGGAGAAAGUGAACGGGCUUCACUGUAUCCUUAUAACUGAUCGUGAUGGCGUGCCUUUAGUUCGAGCGGUCACAGAGAGGGCUCCGCAGUUAGCAUUGAGGCCUAAUUUCAUAUCAACCUUUGGCAUGGCGACUGAUCAAGCAAGCAAACUUGGCCUAGGAAGAAAUAAGACAAUUAUUUCAAUGUAUUCUAGUUACCAGGUAAUACAAAUGAACAAGCUACCUUUAGUUGUCACAUUUAUCGGUAGUGAUAAUUGCAACACUGGCCAUAUAUUGUCUCUGGAAAGUCAAAUAGAACCUUUUCUAAAGGAUUUAGCAGCAGUAGUGGCAGAUGCACCAUAAUUUAAAACUGCCAUUUAAUUUGUAUUAAAUAUCAUUUAAGUUUACUCUAAGAGACAUUAAACAUUGUUAUUUUUUAAUAUGGAGUGUAUUUAUAAUAGAAAAAUAUACAUAUUAUCUAAGAUAAUUAAUCUCCAUUUCUAUUUGACACAUGAAUAUCUACAUUAUUAUUUACUUAUUUGAGGCAAAAAAAAAAAAAUAUUUUCUUUUAACUAAUAAUCAUGGUUUACUCACAUACAUAAUGGAGAAAAGCUCUAUUAGUUAGAACAAUCCCAAGUAUGUGAGUAAACAUUGAUUUUUAGUUAAUUUUCUUUUCUAAAAUGACUUAAAUUGUCAAGUCUUAAGUAAUUGUUUAUAAUUAAGUAUAAAUAUUAUAUUCUAGCCUUAAACUUAAGCAGAAAUAAAAGCCAAAUUUGUAUUUUC